AUGGUUAGUACGCUGGAGGCUAGUCUUGAACUCCAAUCUUCAGCUUUGAAGUUUCUGGAGAUAUUUUCCACCAAAACAUAUGAGAUUGCUACCAUCUCCCCCGACAUCGUUCAAAGUGUCGAAAUUGUUUCUGGUGAAUGGGGCAUUGCAGGCUUCACCUUCGUCGUCAACUAUACCCUAGAUGGGACAGCGCAAGUAGCUAAGAUGGAGGCGUCAAGCAUAAACCUAAUAGACCUAUCAAUAACAUUCAAAGUGAUAGAGGGAGAUCUGUUGGAUGUUUACAAUAGCUUCACUGUUUCUCUUAAACUCACUCCGAAUGUACUCUCGGGAAGCGUUUUGAAAUGGACCUUUGAGUAUGAGAAGCCAAGCUCAGACUGCUGACCCAGACUCCUUGAUGGAAGCUGCUAUUCAAGUCUCCAAAGACGUGGAUGCUUAUGUCAGCAACCUCAUCUAGACUUCAACUAAUUACCUUCAUGCUUGUGAGUAAUAAAGUCUGUGCGCGUGUCAAAUAAAAGUUGGCUUUAUUAGCUUCUGUAAGCUGUAAGCGUGUUCCUUCGUAUAUUCUGCUUUCUGCUAUGUUCAAAAUGGUGGGUUUUUGUCGCGCUUGAUCAAGUCUAAGCUGUUGCUUGUUGUACAAUGUAAUUCCAGGGCAAGUAAUUAUAAUUCCUGCUUUCGAACUCUCUCAAUCCUAGAUUUUGAGAUUGAAGGAAAGAAAAGAUAUAUA